AAAAAGCUCGUUUUUCGUGUGAUCAACUACUUAUGCAACUUGCCGAAAUUAUUUGGUCUCUGUUAGUCGUCUUUGCAUAGUGGUUCAUUGUGGUUGUGGCCAGUCCACUUCUGCAUGCAAGGGAACAACGUGGCUUUUCAUAGUAAUUCUGCACUUUAUGUAUCGUACCGUAUGUCAUGUUACACGUGUGAGUGAGACGAUCUAAUUUGUGUGGGUCUAAUUAAUUUGGUACAAUUUAAAGUGCAGAAGUGGACUUAACAAAGUGUGCAUCAAGUAAAAAGUGAGAGUGUGGAAUUAAAAGUCUUGAUACAAAAUUGUGAGAUUUUACUUACUUGCAUAAUUUUUGGCAAAAAUUGUGGAUUAGUUGAGAGAGAACUUGCCACAUAAAUAUUUUCUGUCGUAACUGCCAAGUUUUAUUUCAGCAGGAUUAAGCAUUUCUCAAUUUUUGUGGUAGUUUGGGUCUCCAAGUUUAAGUCUUAAUUGGAAUCUCAUACUCAGCACUGUUUUUUAAUGCCUGUUUAAAAUUACUAAGAUUACGACGUGAUAAGUUUUCUUGUAUCAUCAUAAGGAAAAUAUAAAAGUAAAAUUGUUCAGCGAUUGACAAGCGUGUGGUCGUGAUAAUUAAUUCUGGGGGGAAAGUGAGAUUAGUUUUGUUUUUUGGUGUGGUUAUCGAUAUCCAUCAUCAUGUCACGCCCACUCAUGUUCCGCGUGGGAGGCACGGUGAUUCUGAACAUUUGGUGGCAGAUAAUCCUCAUGGCGUCCUACACCGCCGCCAUCGUCGCCAUUCACAACUAUGUCGACGGCUUCAGGAUGAACUUCCCCCAAACCCUGAUCCCAGUUUUGGGCGUGGUGACCGGUUUGCUCCUCGUCUUUAGGACAAACACGGCCUAUGACAGGUACUGGGAAGGUCGCAAAAUCUGGUCGACGAUGACCCUGGCUAUCCGAACUUUGACCAGGUGCAUUUGGGUCAUGAUCAAAGAGACUGAAGGCAGUGGGUCGAAGGACGUGGUGGAAAAGGCGUCCGCCAUCAAUCUCCUCCUCGCCUUCUCUUACGCCACCAAAAACUACUUGCGAGAAGAGUACUCUUACGAUGAAGACGACCUGAAAGAACUUAUCAGUCACAUUCCCCGGUUCUCCACGCCGAGUUCCAACCAGCCCUUGGAAAUGCAGGAGGAGGACUUUGCCGAAACGCGGCGACGUUCGGCAUCGAGGGACUCGGCGCCGGGGACGCCCGUGGUGAAACCUCCGCUCAAGAAGAAAGAGGGCUCCUUGACCGCCUACGAUGUCGUGGGGAACGAUGUUAUGAAAUUGCAGACGCCGACGAACAUCCCGAUCGAGUUGAGCUACUAUAUCGCCUCGUACAUUAAAAGUGUCAAGGAUCGCGACCUCAUCGACCCCUCGACCCUAACCGUCAUGAAUAAUGCCUUGACGAUGUUGGUUGACUGUUUGACGGCUUUCGAGCGGAUCCUGCGGACGCCGAUCCCGUUGGCGUACUCGGUGCAUCUGCACCAAGCCGUGUGGCUCUACCUCCUCGCCCUCCCCUACCAAUUGGUCGGAGUCCUCAAUUGGUUCACCAUCCCAGCCGUCACACUCGCCUCGUUUGCACUGCUCGGAAUUUUGGGCAUCGGUUGGGAAAUAGAAAACCCUUUCGGAUAUGAUGCGAACGAUUUGCCGCUGGACGACUUUUGUAAAGUGAUCCAGAAAGAGAUUCAGACGAUAAUUGGUCGCCGUAUUCCGAACCCGGACAGCUGGAUGUUCUCCGAGAACAAUCACCCCUUCGCGCCCGAGUCGCAACUGACGGCUUCCGAGCUGAUCGAGCACUCGGAGGAGGACGUGCGCACGAUCAUGGCCAUGACCGCGGCGCGCCUCUCGGGAAGAGGACCCACCUUCCGCGACUCACUCAAAGGCGUCACCAUCGACGCCUCCAGACUCUCCUCCGCCAACGCCAACGCCAACGGCGAAACGGAAGCCAUGUUAAAAAGGACAUGAGCACACAAUCAAAAUUUUUAGGUUUGACCAGAUUUUAAUAAAACAAAAUUUCCGAAGAAACUCUGUUUUUGAUAAUUGUUAUUUGUAAUUUGCAAGUUUGUAGUAUAUUCCGAGGAAGAAUCUCAAUUAAGUAAUUACACAGUUUGAAAUGGUAUUUGCAUUAGAAAGAUGAACGUCCUCAUUUUUAAGGAAUUUAAGAGUAUCAAAAUUUCAAAAUUGAAGUAUUACUUUUCACGCAAAAUUUGUACUACUUAAUGUUAUUGCAUGUAUGCAAAUAGGUGCAUGUAAAUUUGUGAACGUUGUGGAAAAUGAUUUUCAACUGUGUUUUGAUAGAUAGUUUACUUGAUGGUUUGAUAAAGUGGAUUUUUUAAGUCGCGUAUUGUUCUUUGUGCUGUAUUUGAGUAUUUAAUAAAGUAUAAGUAAGCGUGUAUGUAUGUAGAUUCGAUAAGCGAGCAGUAAGUAGCUAAAUAUUUUAUGAAUGGAAUUGUAAACUAAUUUCUUUAUUUUUCUUUUCAAAAUACGAAAUAAAAAAAAAGUUUUAGAAUAAAACGAGAA